GCGCGAAUGCUAAAAAUCAGAAAAUUGGUGUGAAGGUGCUAUUAAAAAAAAUCAAGCAAGGUCGAACUUUUUUUUUAGUAAAUAUUAUUAUAAAAUGAGACAACGUGACAUUAGACGCAUGUGGGCAACAAUUGUGCAUCAUACGGGGAAAGAUAAAUAUACAAAUGAAGAAUGGCAAGAAAGUUUCGAGUCAUUUUAUCAAUGCAUGCAAUUGCCCACCGAGCCCUACAUUGAUAUCGACAAAUUGGUUAAAAUCGAAAAAAUGCCAUCAGAUAAGCAGUUGAAGAAGAACAAGAUUAAUAAUUCUCUAGAUUUAAAAUUGAAGGAAGACUCGAAUAAUUCGAGCGACAUAAUUGAGGACUUGCAACCACUGUCGGCACUACAAAAACGAAUAAAAUUUCUAGUGAAAUCGACGGAAUCAAUCCCAAUAACGCAAAAAUCCGAGACAAAUAUAAGCGAACAAAAAACGUCUGUAAGUUCUGAAAGGACCAUUGAAAUUCCGACUAAACGUAGGCGAGGUCGCAGGCCGAUCAAGAAGAUUGAACAAUCUGAAUGUCAACCAACGAAAACUGAAAAAGAAGAGCUGGGUAUUCUGCAAGCACAAAAAGAGGAGCAAGAGAGCAAGAAAAAACCUGAGCUAGUUUUGCCAAAAGAAGAGCCAUCAAAAGAGCAAUCAAUUCAAAAGCAAACGACACAAGCAACAAAGCGUCAAGUAAAAAAGUCGGCGGAUUCACAACCGUUAAAAUCUGAAAACGAUUUGAGUAUUCAAGACCAGGAAAAAAAGCGAAAUGGCAAUCAAACGGGUUCAAAGAAAAGGACUUUAGAAAAUCAAGCAUUUAGUCAAGAACCUAAACGCGCCAGACUGAACCCAAGAUCACGUUCAAAGCGGCAAUCGAAAUUGAACCCAAUAAAUGGGAUACUAAUGGCGCACAAAUCGCCGACUGCAAUCAAUUUGAUAUAUGAAGCCCCAACGUCCAGAUCAGAAGAACCCGUGCAGUCAACAGAAAUUGCUGAAAAUCUGAUUGUUCAAAAUCAAGAAUCCAGUCGAAACGAUUUUAAAUGCAUUACGAGGGACUGCUCUGAGAUAAUAGAAGUUGAGGACAAAUCAUCGCCCAUUCAUGAACCUAUAUUAAUACAUCUGUCGAAUGAAGAUAACACUGAAAUCAGCCCUGCCGGUGGUACAUCUGAGACUAUUGAAGUGGAUGACAAUUCAACGCCCAUUCCAAUGGAUGAAUCUGUAUUCACAGAUCUAAAAAUCGAUGACUAUCAGGAUAUAAAUCAAUUGUUGAUUGAAAAUAACAAUGCCGAUUUGAUAAUUGAUUCCAAAGAGAAUUCUGAUUGUGAUGAGAUUGAACGUUACUUGCAAUGCUGUAAUGCCAAAACGCCCAGUGAAAUUGAUGAUGAAAUUGCUGAUACUUCAAUUUUCGAUAAUAUUCCCAACGAGACAGUAGAAACAACGAAGAUGAUUAAAACGCCGAAUGAAAUUGAUCAUACAAUUUCAGAUGCUUUAACUUAUGCCGAUAGUAUUCCCAACGAGAAAACACAGACAGCAGAGACAACGGAGAUUAUUAAAACACCGACUAAAAUCGUUCAUGAUAAUAUUCCCAAUGAGGGAACUGAGACAACGGAGAUAAUUGAAACACCCACUAAAAUUGGUUUAGAAAUUCCAGAUAACUCAAACCAUUUCAAUAAUCUUUCCAGCGGAAAAGAAGAUACAACGGUAGUCCUUAAAACGCCGAGCGAAAUUGAUAAUGAAACUAUAGCUACUAACUUUUUUGACAAUAUUCCCGACUUGACAACGGAAACUACAGAGAUAUUUAAAACGCCCUUGGAAUUGGAUGCGAUAAUUCAAGAUGUGCUGAACUAUGAGUUUGAAGAUGACGCUUUAUCGGUAGCAACAUCUUGGGAUGGGGAGGAUUUAUUUCCACCUGAUACUAAAACUGACACAGAUCCAAACACUAAAGAUACAAAUAAAAAAGAUGUACAAAGGAUAUCAGUCAAAUCAGAGAAGACAGAAACGGAAGAACCGAUUCAAGAAUUAAAUGUUCAAGCUGUUAGACAUACAGCUUCAGCUAAGGCGACGUUUGAAGAAUUGCGCAGGUUUCGCAUACCCAAGAAAAUUGAUGCAAAGGAAUCAAGUCCACAAGAGCAACGUCACUUGAAUGGAUACCACGAAAAGCAAAAGGAAAUAAAUCUGCGAGAGCAACGUCCUUUGAAUAGAUGCCAAAAGCUGAAUGGACAAGUCCAAGCGAAACAAGCACCACAAACAGUUCGGCAAAACAUUCAUUCACGCGAACAGCAAAUGUCUAGUAACAGUUGCAAUGGAUCAAUGCCAAGUAAAUUGAGUAGAGUGCCUAUUUUUGCACCUCCUUAUCGAUUACCAGCUUGUGAGCCAUCACCAUCGCUCCCAAUCACUCCGAGCGCCUAUUCCAAUGACAAUAAUGGAAUGUCUGAAAUCUUUGGCAUCAAGUGCUGGCGUCAUUUUUCUCAAAGAUGUCGUAAAACCGUUUGCAAUCACAGUCUUGCCGAUAUUGGAGAUGUCAAGCGUCGGCUUGACCUGAUGAAUAAUUCUCAGCUAGUCUGCGCCUAUAAUUUUGUCUUGCGCCAUAGCGCCCUCUUCAAAUUCUGUUUCUCACUGUUUGCUGAGAUCUUUGGCAGACGUUCUGUGCAAACGAAACUCGUUCAAAUGGUUGAGCAUUGUAGUCUCUAUAUGGAUCUCUGUGUCCCAUUCACCACUGAGAUUUUCUAUUUAAUGGUGCGCUAUAAGAUUCCACCAGAAGUGGCAGCGAGUCACUUUAUGAAGCAUUUGUGGAAGCCGACUAACGCCAGUAUGUAUCCGGAUUUGGCAUUGCAGUUGCUAAGGAUCCUGGCCAGCGCUGAUUGGUAUAAUUAUACCACGCAUCUUGAGGAGCUAUUUUCACACAAAGAAUUUAAGACUCCCAUCGAGUUUAUAGUGUCGAUUGCACAAGAUGCUAUAGCUAAGAAUCAGCCGCUGCUUAUUGACAAAUUGUACGAGCUCCACAGCUGCAACAGACGGAGCAGCAACAACAAGAAGGGGAACCGCAAGAAAAUCAAAAGCAGCUGGCGGAAGUGCAACUGCAGCUAA